AUGUCUGCCGAUACCGUUGGAAAGACCAUCACUUGCAAGGCUGCCGUCGCCUGGGAGGCUGGCAAGGACCUGUCCAUUGAGGACAUCGAGGUUGCCGCUCCUAAGGCCGGCGAGGUCAGAAUCCAGAUCUACUACACUGGUGUCUGCCACACAGAUGCCUACACUCUCUCCGGCAAGGACCCCGAGGGUGCUUUCCCCAUUGUCCUUGGACACGAGGGUGCCGGUAUUGUUGAGUCUGUCGGUGAGGGCGUCACCAACGUGAAGCCUGGUGACAACGUUGUUGCUCUCUACACCCCCGAGUGCAAGGAGUGCAAGUUCUGCAAGUCUGGCAAGACUAACCUCUGUGGCAAGAUCAGAGCCACUCAGGGCAAGGGUGUCAUGCCUGACGGAACCUCGCGCUUCAAGUGCAAGGGCAAGGAUCUCCUCCACUUCAUGGGCACCUCUACCUUCUCCCAGUACACUGUCGUUGCCGACAUCUCGGUCGUCAAGAUCACCGACAAGGCCCCCAUGGACCGCACCUGCUUGCUCGGCUGCGGUAUCACCACUGGUUACGGUGCCGCUGUCAUCACCGCUGGCAAGGGUGGUGUUGAGAAGGGCUCCAACGUCGCUGUCUUCGGUGCCGGCUGUGUCGGUCUUUCGGUCAUCCAGGGCUGUGUCAAGAACGGCUCUUCCAAGAUCAUUGUCGUCGAUGUCAACAACAGCAAGAAGGAGUGGGCCGAGAAGUUCGGUGCUACUGACUUCGUCAACCCCAUGGAACUCAAGGACCAGACCAUCCAGGAGAAGCUCAUUGAGAUGACUGAUGGUGGCUGCGACUACACCUUUGACUGCACUGGUAACGUCCACGUCAUGAGAUCUGCUCUCGAGGCUUGCCACAAGGGCUGGGGUGAGAGCAUUGUCAUUGGUGUUGCUGCUGCUGGACAGGAGAUUUCCACCAGACCUUUCCAACUCGUCACCGGUCGUGUCUGGAAGGGAUGUGCUUUCGGUGGUGUCAAGGGCCGCACUCAGCUCCCCGACCUCGUCGAUGACUACAUGACCGGCAAGCUCAAGGUCGACGAGUUCAUCACCCACAGACAACCUCUCGACCAAAUCAACGCCGCCUUCCAGGACAUGAAGGCUGGUGACUGCAUCCGCUGCGUCGUCGACAUGAACAAGUGCAACUAA